AUGAACAGCAAAAAUCCCCCAGCAGUAAUUUUACGGAGUAAAAGUAUGAGAUUUGAGCAGCGAGGAUCACUCGCACCGCUCGAAGAUCUCGUUCAGUGCGGUAUUUGCUUCGAUCGUCUGCAGAAUCCCAAAAUGUUGGCGUGCCAGCACACCUUCUGCCACGGCUGCCUGGAGGCAAUCUACGGGAACAGUACAAAAACAACGAGAGAAUGUCCAACCUGCAGGACGACUUUCACAUCCCAACUCAAUGAAAUUCCCACAAAUCUCUACAUUUGUUCCCUACUGAAGCUUCUCGGAAAUGACUCCGUAUCUCUCACCAGCGCCGCAUUAUCAGGUCAAUUGGAACGUUGCGUUAAAUGCGACAUGGUUCCUGAUCCAAUCAGCAACAUGGACAAUGAUAAUUUCUUCCGGAAGUGCAGCCACUGCCGGUUGAAAUUCUGCCAAAUCUGCUGGACAUCCCACAUGAGUGAUCUCACGAAUCAACUCACCAACCUGUCUGAUCAGCUAAAGAGUGCCGAAGAGUGUCUAACACACAAAUUGGCCAACAUAAAGGAUCAAAUGGUGCAGGUGAGGAGUCACAUGAGCCAGUUUGUGGAGCGACAAGUCCAGGAGCUGAGGGAGAGAGAAUUGCGCGCCGUUGAGAGUGCGGAACAAAUGGUUGAGCAUGCCAGCAUGAAAUACCAGACAAUUGUGGAUGCAAUUGAUGGCACAAAGAGAGAUUUGAAUGUGAAAAUUAGUCAAAUGGAACCUGAUCACGAGGCCAGCACGUACUUUCUCCAGAUGCACAAAAAGGUCUCAGAUAUUCUGCAGGAUAUCUCCAAAUGGGAUGACAUUCGUAUGAUGUUCAAUGAGGAUGAGUUUAGGAUUGAGAUGAAUACCACGGACGUUGGGGAGCAUGUGGAGCAUGAUGAAGAAAGUCCAGAUGCUGAAGAUAAUCCCCUGGAGGAUAAAACCAGCCUCGUGAAGUACAUUAUAUCGCGGAAUUUUAAACCUAAACUCUCCUGGACAAAAUGCCCAAGACCUCUGGGGGUGUUUCUUGCCCCAUGGACGGAUGAGAUUGUCGGGGAGCAGCUGCUGUACAUUGCUGGAUCAGACAGUAAGAUUGUCUUUGCAAUUGAACGAAAGAAGGGGCGGAUUAUUCACAGGAUUUUCCAUGAGGAAAUGAUUUAUCCUCACAGUAUUGCCAUUUCCAGUGAUUCUCAGGAGAUCUUUGUGUCGGAUAAAUGGAAGCAUUGUAUCUUUGUCUUCUCUCGCCAUGGGGUCCUGGAACGCGUGAUUGGCUCAAAGGGGGAUUUCGAUGGGUAUUUGAGAUCUCCCGAAGGAAUUGCCCUUGGUCCCGAGAAUACCAUCUACAUUUGCGACACAGGCAAUGAUCGUAUUCAGUGCCUAAACAGGAUCACUGGGCAAAUGAUCAUGCAAUUUGGGCAAGUCAAGAAGACCCCCAAGAUGGAUUCUUCUCAACAGAAUACAAUCUCAACGCCGGCUGAUCUUCAAUCCCCAACAGCUGUGGCUCUUCAUGCGAAGCACAUCAUUGUCCUGGACAGUGGGCACUGCCGAGUAAAGAUCUUCAAUCGAAUGGGCGAGAAGAUCAGUGAAUUUGGCAAGAUGGGCACCCAAAAGGGGCAGUUUAGGUAUCCAGAAGUUCUGACUAUUGGACCUUAUGGAUUUAUCUUUCUCGGGGACAGUGGCAACUCCAGGGUUCAGAUCUUCUCACAGAGUGGACGACUGAUCAAGACGAUCGGAGGACGAGGAUCAUCAGCUGGGCUAUUUAAGUGGAUCUCUGGGAUUCACGUUACACCCGACUUGGAAGUAAUUGUCACGGACUACAAGAAUCAUUCUGUGCAGAUUUUCCACUAAACACCUGCCCAGAGAUCCUCCAAAAUAAAGAAAACUUCCCCACUUACCUUUCUCUGCAGAGCUGCAUUUUCAACUUGAAUUUGUCAGAAAUUAAAUAAAUAAUUUUAUUCAAUAAAUUACUUAUUUAGUAGUUAAA